CUCAUCACCAUGGCCAUCCAGCAGGCGCCGAGCAAGAUGCUGACGCUGAGCGAGAUCUACCAGUGGAUCAUGGACCUUUUCCCCUACUAUCGGCAAAACCAGCAGCGCUGGCAGAACAGCAUCCGCCACUCUCUCUCUUUCAAUGACUGUUUCGUCAAGGUGGCCCGUUCCCCCGACAAGCCCGGCAAGGGCUCCUACUGGACCCUGCAUCCCGACUCCGGCAACAUGUUUGAAAACGCCCUGCACAGAGGCCAAAACAAACCCACGCAGCUGGAAACAGCCACCUCACUCUCCAGCUCCAACCCGUCCACCAGCCCCCAGUCUAUGGACCACAGCGGAUCGAGCACGGAGCUAAAGACCUCGGCCUCGGCCGCCUCCUCCACCAUCAGCUCCGUCCCCUCCUUGGCCUCCGUCCCGCACCCCCCUCACUCCUUAGCCCACGAACCCCAGCUCCACCUCAAGGGCGAUCCCCACUACUCCUUCAACCACCCCUUUUCCAUCAACAACCUCAUGUCCUCCUCGGAGCAGCAGCACAAGCUGGACUUCAAAGCCUAUGAGCAGGCGCUGCAAUAUUCCUCCUACGGGGCCAGCAUCCCCGGCGGGCUCCCCCUGGGCAGCGCCUCCAUGGCGGGCCGGAGCAGCAUCGAGCCCUCGGCCCUAGAGCCCUCCUACUACCAAGGUGUGUAUUCCAGACCCGUGCUAAACACCUCCUAG